AGGAUUUACCGCACUUUGUUGUUUGCAGAUACCGUGUCGCGUACUACUACGUUGCCCUCCCAGCGUGUUUUUUGUGCACCACCGCACCAGACAAACGAAAUCCCACUUCAAUCGUGUCUUAAUCUCAGACAAGCAAGUCCGCAUAGCCGUACCGCCGCCUCUUGAGAUACAAAUCUUCACUCUGAUCUUGACCCGACAUUCACCUAGUUUCGACUGCAACAAUCUCCAGCUCGGAGCUGGACUUUCCUAAUUCUGUGCCCCCCCGAGUUCGUGCCUGCCUGAACCGCCAUCAUGUCGGGAGGAGUCCGAAAUCUGCUGGCCAUGUUCGAGCAGAAUAAAGACACCAGUCCCCCUGAUCGAGGGCGGUCUCCCGGUGAAUCUGCAGGUGGUGCUAGCAACGGGACCUCGCCUCGACCUCUCUCCCAGAAAGUAAGGACUUCUUUUGUGACGGUCGAGAGAAGUGGUCAGGUUGGUUUGGGUUUGCGGAGAGAUACAUCUGGAGAUCCGGGACGAGCAAGGCGGACGAGCAUUAGUAUUGACGAGGAAGAACACCCUAAGGAAACGGCAGAAAGGAAACAGAGUAUUGCGACAGAGCUUGAGGCUAGGAAGAACAGUACAAUGAUUUCAGAAACGAUACCAGAGACAGCAGUGGAGACUCCGCCAAUUGCGGAACCACAAAAGACAUUGGAUGGAGCAAGCAGCAGUGCUCCUGUGAAAGAGGCUCCAAAGGUAGAGAAGGCGAAGGUUGAAGAGAAGAAGGCUGCGGUGAAGGCAACAAACGGACAUACAAACGGAACUACAAAGCCUGCUGCGGCGAAGUCUGUGGAGAAGCAUACGUCGAAACCUACAACCAGACCUGCCCCUAUUUCCACAGCGAAGACGAUGGUCCUCUCUAAAGUAUCUCCGAAGAAAUCACCAUUACCUAAGACCCCAACUACACCCAGCAGUCGAAGUCAACCACAAACCAAGGCUCCAGAGAAGAAGGUCGAGAAGAAGGUUGAGAAGAAAGUCGAGAAGGAGCCUGCAAAAGCCUCUUCAUCUACUCAAGCAAAACCUGCCAGCAAACCCCCAACUACAACUGCAUCAAGUGCCGCUGCGAAGACUCGGAUACCUGCUUCUCCUCCACAGACCGGAUUCGUCAAGCCAAGACCAAAAUCACCCACCCGCCCAGUCAAGCUUCCGGCUUCCCUCACCGCGCACACUGCUUCUUCAGGAUCGAAGACCGCAGCUGGUGGCCCACCACCUAGCAGACAAACCUUGAGCCGCGCAUCUGGAAAUGCUCAACCAGCAAACUCUCUUCAAGCACACCAUGCAUUAUCUCGUUCCCCAAGUCGAGCAACUGCUGGCUCUACGAAGACCACCACAUCCUCCCUCGCCCGCAAACCAUCCACACUCAAGAGUUCGACCUCUACCCGACCAUCACUCGGUCCUCCUCCCAAGGAGUUGAAGAAGCAGUCUUCAAGACAAAGUCUACCUGCGCCAGCAGAUGAAUCGUUCCUUGCUAGGAUGAUGCGUCCAACAACUGCUUCAGCAUCCAAGACAGCUGAGAAGCCACCUGCAACUCCACCUAAGAGAUCACAAUCGGUCAAGAGACCAACUACGAGGGAUGGAUCGUCGAAGCCGGCAUCGAGUCUAGGCAGUCCAGCGGCGAAGCCUGUAGCAAAGUCACCCGUGAAGGCUGAGGAGGCGGAAGCAGAAGCACCUUCACCGUCCAAGCCUGAAACCACGGUUCUGCUUUCACAGUCGGAUCCAGCACCCGUGAAGGAUGUAGAAUUCGCGAAACCAGCUCCUGAGGUCAAUCAGCCAGCACCCGUGGAACCUGAAGUCGCCGUGGUGGGGACAAAGCAUGUGGAAGAGUUUAUUCCCGAGACAGUACAAGAAGAGCCGGUUGCUGAGGAACCUCCGGUUGAGGAGGAGAAGCCCAUCGAGGCCAAAGAAGAGGCUCCUGUCGCUGAAGCUCCUGAGCCCGAGAAGGAAGCAACUCCUACCAUCGAGGAAACCAAAGAAGAACCCACUAUCCCCGAACCCGAACCCAUCAAAGAAGAACCCCUCGAGACUAAGACAGCUGAGCCAGAGCCAAUCGUGCACCAAGAAGUCACCAAGCCAGAGCUCAUCGAGGAUCCCGAAGACGUCAAGGCUAGAGAAGAGAUCGCGAAGCUGAAUGCUGAAGUCAUGAAAGCUGCUGAGGAGGAGACUUAUUAAAACGUAUGUGGAGGAUAUGAAUUUGUACUUAGUGUGUUGCAGCGUGGAGCAUGAAAUGGAAGAGUGAAAUGUGUGAGAAUAGGUAGCAUUAGCAAUACCAUGUGAUAUCCCAAC